UUUCCAUGGAAACUGAUAGUUCACAACGUUGUGACGGCGGUGGAAAGUGUGGUGAAAAAUAACGAGCUCAAAUUGUUUCUGUGUACGGAGUGUGUAUUUUCCAAUAUUUUUUAGUGCUUUUGCCAUUCUGGCCUUUUAAAUUCCUGGCCUUUUGAAUUAUGUUUGUUAAUGUUUUUCGUGUGUAAGUACGUAAACAACAGUAUCGCGAUAACAUCAGUGCACUCUUCGGGUUUGGUGGAACUCAGUGGUAGAUUCUAGACAUUGUGUUGCAAGCUGGAUUGCGCCAAAAUUUUGGUUUGCUUCACGCUGAAGUCGAGUUUUUCGACCGAAUCGAAAGAUGGAAGCGGACGUUCCCCCUGCUGCCGCGCCCCCCCAGGAACCUUAUGACAUCAUCGACGUUCACGACAAUGGAGAAACUGGUUCCGGUUCGUCGACACUUUCGUCUUCCGCUUCGGACGAAAGUGACGGCGAUCAGGAGUCGAUUCCAAGGCAUCACCAAGCCACCACACAAUCGGAAGACAAUAAUAGUUCGUUUUAUCAGAGAUAUUUUCAAAACCAUAGUAAUAGUUUGCCAAGCCGGCUGACGGUUAAUUUUGCCAGGAGGUUGUCGCAAUGCCGCGAAGAAGACGAGGACGACGAGAAAAAGGAUCAGUCGACUAUAGUGCCUUCGUCCAAUGCAUUGGAAAUCGGCGGUAGUGACAAAUCGCUUUCGGAAUCUUCGAAUAGUUCUAAAACGUCUGUGAUCGAUACAGUGACGGGUCCAACGCACAAAUUUGUGAUAAUGAAAACCAAACAAUCGCCGGAUCAAAAAGUAAAUAACUCACUGCCGCCGCCGUUAUUCUCGGACAUUGAAAAAGUUAAUGGCGGCGGUACGCCGAGGAGAAAACCAUCGGAGGCGGCGAAACUCUUCGCUUCCAGGCAACAGUACAAACAGUCGAACACGGUGGGAGCCAUUCCUUCUCCGAAUUCGAGAAGGCCUCCAGCCUAUGCCAUUUUUAAAAAUAACCCCCACCACGACACCACGUUUUUCGAUUCGACAUUGAUCGCAAUGAAAAGUAAAUCUUCGGGCAGUUCGACUGCGGACCAAGACAACAGUGUCGAUAGCAUUUGGGUGAAAAGGAUCGAACCGGAAAAGAAAAAGGAAUUGGGAUCACAACCGUUGCCGACAAUAAAUACUGACGAUGUCGAGACAUUUCCGCGUCCUAGAUCCGGCACCUGGGGUGCCAAAUCGGACGCGAAGAAGGAUAAACAAAAGGCGAAAAAACAAGACAAGAGCAAGGAGCAAAAGAAAAAAGAUAAGUCCAACGGUAGUCGAAGCGGUUCCACUUCUCGUUCCAGUUCGACGGAACGUCGGAAAUCGGAAGAUCUGAGCAGUCCGAAGAAGGAAGGUUCGAGAAGUAGAUCGAACUCCGACGCUAGCAAGAGGAAGGGUAGCGCAUUCAUGAUAUCGAUGAAGAACGCCAUGUUGCACACAGGGCUAAUACACAGCAAGCUAAAAGCCCCAAAGGACGGUUCGGCUCAUCCAGUGAAACACCCAGACAGUUCCGACACCAGAUAUUACCACACCGUUACUGCCGCGUCGUCCAAUAAAAGCGCGGUAACUAAGGUGAUGGACAUAUUCAGAACUCGGCCCGCCUAUCAAUCGGAAGAGGAAAUUAUCAAACGCGAGGAGAAGAAGGAGGAGAAAAAGAAAGAAGAACGUCGGGAGGAAAAGCGGAGGGAAGAAAGGGAACGGAGAGAGGAGAAAAAAAGGGAAGAAGACAAAAAAAGAAGGGAGAAGGCGUCCGCUUUUGUUCACGGACGACCAAAGGGACCUAGAGAUGGGUCCGCUCAUCCGGUACGAGAUAGCGACAACCAGUACUAUCAUACGGUUACCGCGGCGUCAUCGAAUAGGAGCCCCAUGACGAAAGUAAUGGACAUAUUCAGGAACAGGUCUCACGCCAGUGUUCCACCAGAAGAGCGGCGAAAGAAAGCGAACCAACAUUUAGGAGCCCAAUUAAAACAGAGAUCGCUCGAUCCAGAGCGAAGGCGGCAGUCCUUGGGAUCGAUACUACCCACGAACAUACACAGGGCGUCCGACGCAUUUCUGGACCCCCACCAUGCGGCCAUACUGUUCAGGGACUCGCGAGGAUUGCCGGUUGUGGAUCCAUUUCUGGAGAAAGUAAAUAUUUCCGAUUUAGAAGAAGAUGAAUCUCAAAUAUUCGUCAAGUUCUUCAAGUUCCACAAGUGCUACGACCUUAUUCCUACUUCGGCCAAGCUGGUGGUGUUCGAUACGCAGCUGCUGGUGAAAAAAGCCUUUUUUGCUCUCGUCUAUAACGGUGUGAGGGCGGCGCCGCUUUGGGAUAGCCAAAAACAAGAUUUCGUCGGCAUGCUGACCAUAACCGAUUUCAUAAAAAUCCUGAGGAUGUAUUACAAGUCGCCCAGCGUGGCCAUGGAGGAGCUGGAAGAGCACAAGUUGGACACGUGGAGACGGGUGCUGAAAGACGCGAGACCCCUGAUUCAUAUUGGACCCGAUGCGUCGCUGUAUGAUGCCAUCAAGGUGCUAAUCCAUAACCGCAUCCAUAGAUUGCCUGUGAUUGAUCCAGAUACUGGAAACGUAUUGUACAUUUUAACUCACAAGAGAAUACUGAGAUUCUUAUUUUUGUAUAUAAACGAAUUACCCAAACCGAGUUACAUGAACAAAACUCUUCGCGAACUGAGGAUAGGCAGUUUCGAUAACAUCGAGACCGCUUCGCAAGACACCUCGAUCAUUUUAGCGUUAAAGAAGUUCGUCGAGAGGCGAGUCUCGGCCUUACCUAUAGUAGAUCCGGAGGGACGGUUGGUCAACAUUUACGCCAAGUUCGACGUAAUCAACUUGGCCGCAGAAAAGACGUACAACGACUUGGACGUCUCUCUGAAAAAAGCCAACGAACACAGGAACGAGUGGUUCGAAGGAGUCCACAACUGCAAACUUGAUGAAACUUUGUUCAACGUCAUGGAGAAGAUUGUAAGGGCGGAGGUUCAUAGGUUGGUGGUCGUCGACGAUGAUGACAAAGUGAUAGGCAUUAUCUCGUUGUCAGAUUUACUGUUGUACCUGGUUUUAAGGCCUUGCGGGGAAGACGGCGGAUCUCCGGAUGGUGUUGCAUCUGUACGAGCUCAGGACAUCUUAAAGGCGCAAGGAAAUAUGGCCACGUCAAGAAGCUCAUCGAAUGAGGAAGUGGCCGAAACAAUCCCGGAAGAAGAGGAGACCGAAGAGAGUGGCAAAGCGGGCGAGAAUUCAGCGGAAAUUAAAGAGGAUUCGGACGACCGUCUUCCCAACACGCCGACUAUAGAAAAAUCCCUCGCGUCCGAAGGCGCCAUAUUUAGGGAAGUAACCGUCAUUAGCGGGGGGGAAUGAUGAGGAAACAAAAUAUAAUAUAUAUAUACACACACACACACACACAACAUAAUUUUCGUACGGUAGUGAUCGUUUAUCGGCUUUCGAAAAUUGAUCACGCGAGAUGAGUUCGGGAAUUGUUUCUGUUUUAUUUUGCAAUAUUUGCAUUAUGAUGGGAGCUGGUCUUUCCUGGAUAACGGCCCCGCAAACAUUCGUAGAUAAGAGGUACAUAGAUGCAAUUUUUUUUGUACUUAAGUGAGUAAGAAACAUACCAAAGACUGCUUGUCUACGCAAACAAAAUGAAACAAUUCGCAGGAUUUAUGAUGCUUUAUUUAUUUGUAUGUUACAUAUAAUAAUACCGGUUAAUAUUAGAGGCGCAAGGUGGCCCACAUAAAACCGUAUAUUUUACCACAGGAAUCUUAAUAUUAAUUUUUAAUUGAAUUGUAAUAUAUUUUUAUCCAACGGUACAACAAUAAAGUGGUUAUAUGUGUGCAGCGCAUCUUGCCUGUAGAUUGUAAAAUAUUCGCUAUAUUUAAUCUUAAACAUGUUGAAAAAUUUACUAAUACUAACUAGCUUUUCAGAUAUUGUUAACGGCUAAGAUGGCAUGUGAACAUUUUACUGAGAACCAUUGAACAUACUUUUUAUAACGCUGAACGAUAAUUUUGAAUACAAUAACGAUGCUAAGAAAAAAAAAUUGCCUUAUUUCGGUAGAAAGUAUGUUUAAUAAUAAUAAUUGUAGCUGCAGGAAGAUAAGUAUACUUAAAUUUUUUUUCUUUUGUUUUUGGAGUGAAAUGGUUAUAUUUUUUAUCGUGUGUAGUAACUUGAGAAUUUGUUGAAAUAAAUAGUUUAAGGAG